AUGCCCGACGAAAAGGUUCAAUAUGUGCCUCUGCCGAUUCCGAGCUACGAAGAGGCCACCUCUUCUCGCCCAGGAUCCUCACAGCUCGGCCCCGAGCAUUCAAGUGAUGAUCUAGAGAGGCAGGGCCUCCUCCACCAUGGCACAUCCAGCGACAACCGGCCGACUCAUAAUGGAGGCUAUCACCCGCCCACCGUGGAAUCAGCGCGCUCGAGCAUGGAUUAUCUCGCUUCGUCGGCUGAAAAUUCGCCGCGUGAAUCCAUGGAAGACUUGCGCCGCGAGUUGCACGAGAUGGACGUCGACGAUUCCGGUCAGUCGUCAUCGCAAACCACUCGACCGACGUUACGCCAUCAUUUUACGAAACCCUUUUCCAGCCUGACGAAAACAUUGUCGAAUAUCCAAUUCCCUUUCCGAAAAUAUUUCCCCCGAUUUCGAUUUCGCCCCGACUUUUGGCGACUCCAGAUGAAUGAAGAAGGACAGGCGUGUAUGAUCAUUCUCCGAAUGGUGGGCCUUCUCAUCGUGGUCUUGACUGUAUACAUAUUCUUUGUGUCCGAUAUGUUUUCCAUGGGCUCCCGUAUGAGUGUCGGCCAGUCCUACACCCCAUCUUCGGUUGAGAAUUUCGUCCAGAGCCAUAUCAAUCAGUCGAAUAUCAUGGACAACCUCAACAAGGUGACGCAAUACGCUCAUAUGGCGGGAACAGAGGGCAGCUAUGCGCUUGCCGAAUUGAUUGAGCAAGAAUUUUUGAACGCCGGGUUGGAACAAGUGGAAAUGGAAGAGUUCCAAGUAUAUCUGAAUUACCCGCGAUCAGAUGGCCGUCGUGUGGCUAUUGUCGACCCUCCUAAUCUGGUAUGGGAAGCCGCUAUCGACGAAAAGAAAGUGUACACAGACCCGCCGCGCCAGCAAACUCCGGUUUUCCAUGGCCAUUCCAAGUCUGGUAAUGUCACUGGACCCCUCGUGUACGCCAACUUUGGGUCUCGCGAGGAUUUUCAAAAACUCGCAGAUAAGGGCAUUUCUCUGAAUGGAUCCAUCGCUCUUGUGCGGUAUUAUGGUACACAGGGAGACCGCGCCCUCAAGAUCAAAGCAGCUGAACUUGCUGGCGCCGUAGGAUGCAUAAUUUAUUCAGACCCCGCCGAGGAUGGCUUUGUUCAGGGCCCAGUAUACCCGGAUGGCCGAUAUAUGCCCAAGGAUGGUGUGCAGCGAGGUGGUGUCAGUCUCAUGUCUUGGGUAGUAGGUGAUGUUCUUUCGCCAGGCUUUGCUUCGACCCCAGAUGAGGAGAAACGCCUAUCGCCAGCGGAAACCCCUGGUCUAGUCCAAAUACCAAGUCUUCCAAUUGCUUGGAGAGAUGCACAAAGGUUAUUACAGGUUCUCAAGGGCCAUGGUACCAAGGCACCGAAGGACUGGGUAGGCGGUGUGCCGGACAUCUUAGAAUGGUGGACCGGUGAUGAAUCAUCACCCAAGGUCAACCUAAUGAAUUUACAAGACGAAGUCGAAAGGCAACCGAUAUAUAAUGUGCUGGGAAGAAUUACCGGCAUGGAGCAACCUGAGAAGAAGAUUGUUGUCGGCAACCACCGAGACUCAUGGUGCUUUGGUGGGGUUGACCCCGGAAGUGGCACUGCCGCCUUUUUGGAAGUCGUAAGGGUUUUUGGGGAGCUGCUAAGCCUUGGCUGGCGGCCUCUUCGGACCAUCGAAUUUGCAAGCUGGGACGGGGAAGAGUACAACCUCAUAGGUUCGACUGAACACGUGGAAAAUGAAAUGGAAAGUCUGCGGCUGGAUGGCUUCGCCUAUAUCAAUGUCGAUGUUGGCGUGAGUGGGGAAUCUUUUGAAGCUUCUGGGUCACCUCUCUUUCGACGCAUUCUCUACUCAGUCAUGGGACGAGUAGCGGAUGUAGCAGCUAACCAAACUCUAAAGGAUAUCUGGGAUGGAGAGGGAAAGAGCCUCGGUGGCCUCGGCGCUGGCAGCGACUACGUUGCUUUCCAAGACAUGGCAGGAACUUCAAGUAUUGACUUUGGUUUCAGCGGUGCGCCUUUCCCAUAUCACAGCUGCUAUGAGAACUUUGAAUGGAUGUCUCAAUUCGGUGACCCUGGGUUCGACCGCCACCGUAUGCUGGCUGAGUUCUGGGCCUUAUUGCUUUUGGAACUUGCCGACAGCCCCAUUCUCCCCUAUGAUAUGGAAGCCUAUGCGUCCGAUGUUGCCAAAUACGUCGUCGAUCUGGAGAAAUAUGCAAAGUCAAAAGGUGCUCCAUUGAAAUCCCCCAAAAAUCCACAGCAACGGUCAGAAACCGUGGACAUGUGGCCGCUGCACGAUGCGGCGCAGGUAUUCCAGACGAAUGCCGCGACGUUUCAAGAGUGGGAACAAGCCUGGUAUACUACUGUCUAUGGCUCUGGCGGGUUUGAAAGUAAUGUGCUGGGGGUGCGACGCGUCAACCAUAAUGCUCGCAUGGCCGACUUUGAAACCAAUCUUUUGGACCUCUCCGAGGGUGGCGGAGUCCCCAACCGCACGCAGUUCAAACACGUCCUCUUCGCGCCUCAAGCCUGGUCCGGCUACGACGAGGGAUUCUUCCCUGCUAUUCGAGACGCCAUCGACUCUGGUAACUGGACAGCUACCCAGUCCUGGAUCAACAGGGUUUCGGAUAUAAUCAAGGAAGCGAGUUUGAAUUUGAAUCGGUAA